AUGAAGCCUGGGAGAUUAACGUCUCCUAUGAGGGAAUUAACCACGGUGGAGCCAGUUUCUGAGGCAGUACCUAGACCUGACCGGGAACCUGAGCCACACCAGAUACCUAUUACCCAGCCGGACCUUGGCCCAGAAAAGACAACCACAGCACAGCCAGCAUCUAAGAUUCAGCAGGGACCCAAUACCCAACAGGAGCCUGCUUCUCAGCAAAGACCCCUCACUCAGCAGGAGCCCCUUGCCCAACAUGAAGCUGAAUCUCAGCAGGAAACUAGAGCCCAACAAAAAUCUGCUUUACAGCAGGAACUCCUUGCCCCACAGCAAUCACCUCCCAUCCAACGGGUGCUCCCCACUCAACAGGGAGCUGCCUCACAGCAGGGUCCUGAGCCAGAAAAAGAAUCUAGAACUCAACAGGAGCCAGAAUUGGGAGCAGGAUGUGUAGCUCAGCCAGGACCUGGCCCAGUAGAGCCACCUCUAGCUCAACAAGAAGCUGGAUCAACAUCUUGGGCCCAAACUCAAUCUAUGUCCCAACAGAACAUAGGACAGUCAGACCCUGUAGUCCAGCAAAGAGCUCCAGUCAAAUCCCAGAAGGCAUCUUUGAACAAGUUGGGAUUUCUAUCAAAACUUCACAAACUAUCCAUACAGCGACCAGCCUCAGAGUGGAAGACAUUUCGUGAGCAGGUCACAGAUUGUGACUUAGAUUCAGGGUAUCCAUCCAAGGCUGAUUCACCAGCCAUGAGGAGUGGAACAGUGGCCCAGGGGAUGAAGUUGGACUUCAAGGGGAAACCUGGUUAUGAAGUCAUGUCAGGAUAUGGUGGGACAUCAGCCCAAGGGAAGAAAACCAGCAACCAGAAUCGCAGACGCUACUGGGACACAGCCUCACAGCUCAUGCGCAGCAUGGACAUACGCACGAUGACACAGUCACUGGUGACUCUGGCGGAGGACAACAUGGCCUUCUUCUCCAGCCAGGGUCCUGGGGAAACAGCACGGCGGCUGUCAAAUGUCUUUUUGGGUAUUCGGGAGCAGGUGGUGGGGCUAGAGCCAACCCUGGGCCGCCUGCUGGGUGUGGCACACCUCUUUGACCUGGAUGCAGAGACGCCAGCCAAUGGGUACCGCAGCCUGGUGCACACAGCUCGCUGCUGCAUGGCGCACCUGCUGCACAAAUCUCGCUACGUGGCCUCCAACCGCCGCAGCAUCUUCUUCCGUGCCAGCCACAACCUGGCUGAACUCGAGGCCUACCUGGCCGCCCUCACCCAGCUCCGAGCUCUGGCCUACUACGCCCAGCGCCUGCUGGCCACAAACCGGCCAGGGGGCCUCUUCUUCGAGGGUGACGAGGGGCUCACCGCAGACUUCCUGCGCGAGUAUGUCACUCUGCACAAGGGCUGUUUCUACGGCCGCUGCCUAGGCUUUCAGUUCACGCCCGCCAUCAGGCCAUUCCUGCAGACCAUCUCCAUCGGGCUGGUGUCCUUUGGGGAGCACUACAAACGCAAUGAAACCGGCCUCAGUGUGACCGCCAGCUCCCUCUUCACCAGCGGCCGCUUUGCCAUCGACCCAGAGCUGCGUGGGGCCGAGUUUGAGCGGAUCACUCAGAACCUGGACGUGCACUUCUGGAAAGCCUUCUGGAAUAUCACCGAGAUCGAGGUGCUAUCAUCUCUAGCAAACAUGGCAUCGGCGACCGUGAGGGUGAGCCGCCUACUCAGCCUGCCACCGGAGGCCUUAGAAAUGCCACUGACUGCUGACCCCAAACUCACGGUCACCAUCUCCCCUCCCUCAGCCCACACGGGCCCUGCGCCAGUCCUCGUCAGGCUCAUCUCCUACGACCUGCGUGAAGGACAGGACAGUGAGGAUCUCAACAGCCUGGUGAAGUCCGAGGGUCCGAGGGCCCUGGAGCUUUGGCCACGCCCCCAGCAGGCACCCCGCUCUCCGUACCUGGUCGUGCACAUCCACGGCGGUGGCUUUGUGGCCCAGACCUCCAAGUCCCACGAACCCUACCUCAAGACCUGGGCUCAGGAGCUGGGUGUCCCCAUCCUCUCCAUCGACUACUCCCUGGCCCCAGAGGCCCCCUUCCCGCGUGCACUGGAGGAGUGCUUCUACGCCUACUGCUGGGCCAUCAAGAACUGUGCCCUCCUCGGCUCAACGUGCGAGCGGAUAUGCCUCGCAGGGGACAGCGCAGGUGGGAACCUCUGCUUCACCGUCUCCCUUCGGGCAGCGGACUACGGGGUGCGGGUCCCAGACGGCAUCAUGGCAGCCUAUCCAGCUACAAUGCUGCAGCCCACCGCCUCUCCCUCCCGCCUGCUGAGCCUCAUGGACCCCCUGCUGCCCCUCAGCGUGCUUUCCAAGUGUGUCAGUGCCUAUGCUGGUGGGGAGGCAGAAGACCACUCCGACUCAGACCAGAAGGCACUGGGCAUGAUGGGGCUGGUUCGGCGGGACACAGCCCUGCUCUUACGGGACCUCCGCCUGGGAGCCUCCUCGUGGCUCAACUCCUUCCUGGAGCUGAGUGGGCACAAGUCCCACCAGAACUCAGUGCCCAUGGCAGAGCCAAUGCGGCGCAGCGUGUCUGAAGCAGCACUGACCAAGCCUGAGGACCCACUGGGCACAGACCCCCUCAAGAACCUGACACUGAGUGACCUGAGUGUCAGAGACAACUCCGAGACAUCAGGCACCUCUGAGCUGUCGCUGUCAGCAGAGACACUUGGCCCCUCCACACCAUCAGAUGUCAACUUCUUACCCCGGCCUGAGGAUGCAUCAGAAGAGCUUGAGGCCCAAGAUGAGCUGCCUACCGAGACCAGAUUCCGGCGCAUUGAUGCCUCUUUCCCGGAGGGCUUCCACCCAAGGCGCUCAAGCCAAGGCCCCACGCGGAUGCCCAUCUACUCAUCGCCCAUCGCCAAGAACCCCUUCAUGUCACCACUGCUGGCACCUGAGAGCAUGCUGCAGAGCCUGCCACCUGUGCACAUCGUGGCGUGCGCGCUGGACCCUAUGUUGGACGACUCCGUCAUGUUCGCACGGCGGCUGCGCAGCCUGGGAAAGCCCGUGACGCUGCGCGUGGUGGAGGACCUGCCGCACGGCUUCCUGAGCCUGGCGUCGCUGUGCCGGGAGACGCGGCAGGCAGCUGCGCUGUGUGUGGAGCGAAUCCGCCAGAUCCUCACUCUGCCCAACACCGCUGCGCCGGCCACGCCUGUCUGAGCCUCCGACCAGAACCAGGCCGCACGUGUACUUCGUGUCCUUCCGGGCUGGGAGGUGGGGGUGACACUAAAGGCCUCUUGUUCCCAUCUGCGUCCCCUCGGUGGCCUAGUGAACACUGAAUAUGCUCCGAGAGGAGGGCCGAUGGGAGGGAGCGGGAUGUGCCUUAAAUUGGGGGAUGAUAAGGGAGGGCCAGGAAGUGAGACCCUGGACUGGGGUCAGGGGCCCAGGCAAACCAGUCUGAGACAGCUGGACCAGCACUCUCCACUGCCCUGCAGCCGGUGCAGGGGGCCUGGCCUACCUGCAGGUUAGUUUGUAAAUAAAAGUACUUGAUUAGUUUG